CCAUGAUUGCCAAGUGUUCCUGCAAACUUUUUGAGUGUAAAGGAAUUCUUUGUCGGCAUAUUAUACGUGUCUUCAGGGCUUCAAAGCUAAAUGAGUUACCAAGUAUUUAUGUUCUAAAAAGAUGGGAGAAAAAGUGCAAAAGAGAUGCUGUGUAUGAUGGAGAAGGAAACCUACUCGAAGAAAAUGCCAUUAGCUCUGCUGAAACGGCGAUAAGGAGGAAGAUAGCAACCGCCAGAAAUAUGGUAGAAGAAAUCAUAAGGGAUGCUAGAACAUCCGAAGAAGUAAUUGACUUUGUUAACACUGGUUUGAGCAACCUCCAAUCAUCUCUAGUACAGAAAUUUCAGACUGUACCACCUACUCGGCAUGAAGAACAGGAAACAUUUAUUGGGACGAGCAUUCCAACUCAAGUUGCGGUCUUGACAGCUAGUGAUACUUGUUCAAGAGGCACAUGCGCGAGAAUAAGGGGACAUAGAGAUGAUGCAAAAAGAGGAGCAGGGAAAAAGAAGAAAAAAGAUCCAAAUCUGAAAGUCCCACGUCAGUGUGACCUAUGCAAAGAAGUGGGGUUCCAUGAUGCACGGAAAUGUCCGAAGAAAACAUAAACGUGUCUGCGUCGUUGACUGUGACAUCCUUCAAGACUUUUAAGUAACAUAAUGUCGUGUGUUUGUCGAUGUACUUUGUAAUCUGCUACUACUGCAAUGGCUAGGCAUGUAAUCGUGAAGUAACAUGAUGUCCUGCAGUGUGUUGAUGCUUCGCUCAGAUUUUUUUUAUGUUCUGGUUUAGUCU